CUUUCUGGGAAUGUGCACACACACACACACACACACACACAGACGGGUCACAGUCACCACUGCUUCCUGUUUUUUGAACCGGUUCGGUCUUCCCUCGUACCAGGUGGAACCAGCGAGCCGUAAAAGAGGAAAGCUCAAUGAUUUUAGGGUCGCGGCGUGCGGCGUGUCCGGUGUCGGCGGCCACGGGGAUCGCUGCGGGAUGCUUUUGAAACAUUGGCUCGCUGCGGUGUCAGCGCAGCGCAACCAGACCGACCGGAUCGACUCAAUUACGACGGACGCCGGGUCGAAACCCGAGCCCCCAAACGCCGCCGAGAAGUAGACAGCUGAGGCGGGGGUGAACCCGGCGGCAUGGAGGCACUCAGGGACUCUUUUCUGCGUCUGAAUUUUCAGAUGUCAUCGUACAAGAGAGCCACGCUGGACGAGGAGGACCUUGUGGACUCCGCUGGUGAGGAUGGCUACCCGUCGACACCCAUGCAAGUGAGUCUUCGACAGGGCCGCGGCUUCCCGUGCUGGCCCGAUAGAACGCCGAGGGAGCGAUGGCUUCUGGUUCUGGUCUGCGCGCUGUCCGGAGGCCUUUUCGUUUCACUCAUCACAACCGCCGUCUUCUACCGCCAGACGCAUCCGGGCAUUUGCCUGACAGAGCCGUGCAUCGCCGUGGCCAGCGCCGUCAUGGGGGCCCUGGACCGCUCGGUGGAUCCCUGCCACGACUUCUACGACUAUGCCUGCGGGGGCUGGGUAAAGAGCAACCCCCUCCCUGAAGGCAAGUCCCGCUGGGGGCCUUUCAGCACCCUGUGGGAGCACAACAUGCUUGUGAUGAAGCAACUAUUAGAGAACACGACGAUGAAAGAUCUGAGCCAAGCCGAGGAGAAGGCCCAGCGAUACUACCGGGCCUGCAUGAACGAGUCAAAGAUCGAAGAGUUGGGGGCGAAGCCGUUGCAGGAACUUAUCACGCAGAUGGGAGGAUGGGCCCUGACCGGACCCUGGAACAGAGACAACUUCCAGGACGUCCUCCGCGCCGUGUCUGCAAACUACCGCACCUCGCCGUUCUUCACCGUGUAUGUCAGUACCGACUCCAAGAACUCCUCCAGUAACAUCAUCCAGGUGGAUCAGUCCAGCCUGGGCCUCCCGUCGCGGGAUUACUACCUCAACAAAACGGCCAAUGAAAAGUAUCUGACCGCAUACCAGAACUUCCUGGUGGAGUUGGGAGUCCUCCUGGGGGGCUCCGAGGAGACGUCUCGGCUGCUCAUGGGGGAGAUUGUGGACUUUGAAACGGCCCUGGCCAACAUCACCGUCCCCGUGGAGGAGAGACGGGACGAGGAGCUCAUUUACCACAAGAUGGAGGCCAAAGACCUCAAGAGUCUGGCUCCUGCGGUGGACUGGAUACCGUACCUCAACGAGGUGUUCGCGCCUGUGUCGCUCACCGAGGCCGAGCCGGUGGUGGUCUACGCCAAGGAGUACCUCCAGAAAGUGUCGGAGCUCAUAACAAACACCAAUAAAAGCCUUCUCAACAACUACAUGAUCAUGAAGGUGGUGAGGAAGAUGGUCUCCAUCUUGGACCAGAGAUUUCAGGAUGUCGAGCAGCGCUUCCUCGAGGUCAUGUACGGAACUAAAAAGAGCUGCACUCCUCGCUGGAAACUGUGCGUCAGCGACACGGACAGCGGGCUGGGAUUCGCCCUGGGCGCCAUGUUUGUCAAGGCCACUUUCAGCGAGGACAGCAAGGCCAUUGCCGAGAACAUGGUCGGGGAGAUCAAAAGCGCGUUUGAGGACGGCCUGAAGUACGUGAGCUGGAUGGACGUGGACACGAAAAAGGCCGCGAAAGAGAAGGCAGAUGCAAUUUACAACAUGGUGGGCUACCCGGAGUUCAUUAUGAACACCACAAGGCUGGACAAAGUAUUCAACGAUUUCGAGGUGGUGCCGGAUCUGUACUUCCAGAACGUCAUGCAGUACUACAACUUCUCCGCCAGAGUGACAGCCGACCAGUUGAGAAAAAUUCCGAACAGAAACCAGUGGAGCAUGACCCCCCCAACGGUGAAUGCAUAUUACAACCCCACCAAGAACGAGAUGGUUUUGCCGGCGGGAAUCCUCCAAAUCCCGUUCUACAGCCGCCACUGGCCCAAGGCUCUUAACUUUGGUGGAAUCGGGGUCGUCAUGGGGCACGAACUGACUCACGCUUUUGAUGACCAAGGGAGGGAAUACGACAAAGACGGCAACCUGCGCUCUUGGUGGAAGAACUCGUCUGUGGAGGCCUUCAAGAAGCAGACGCAGUGCAUGGUGGAGCAGUACGGCAACUACAGCGUCAACCGGGAGCCCCUCAACGGUCGCCACACGCUGGGAGAGAACAUCGCCGACAACGGCGGGCUCAAGGCCGCCUACGAGGCUUACGUGAAUUGGGUCGCAAAGAACGGUGAGGAAGCCACGCUGCCAGCCCUGGGAAUGACCAACCGCCAGCUCUUUUUUGUGGGAUUUGCACAGGUGUGGUGCUCCGUCAGGACGCCCGAGAGUUCGCACGAGGGCGUCAUCACCGACCCGCACAGCCCGUCCAGGUUCCGAGUCAUCGGGACCGUCUCCAACUCGCACGAGUUCUCCGAGCACUUUGGCUGCAAAGCCGGCGCGCCCAUGAACCCCAAACACAAGUGUGAGCUGUGGUAAGGCCUCGCAGUGGACUGGAAGAACCGAGAAGAACCUCUCAAUCCGCGUCGGCCUACGUCACGAACAAAUGUGCCUGCUUUGUGUGGACGAUGGCAUCUCCAACACACUUUUCUGGACUUUAAAGAAGACGUUUUAUGCAUUUUUGUUUCCCCACCGCAAGUCACAACCGUUCCCCAAGUGUCUUAAUAACAUGUCUGUGACGUGCUUCUAGAAAAAUACCCCAAGGAUCAAAAGUUCUAGACACUCGACACGCGUUUUCUUGUCUUGCUGAAAUUCGCCCAUUUUCAGGGGCCGGCCGUGCCCAUGCCAGCGACCGACACAUAUUCUGUACUGCUGGUUGACGUUACCAUGGCAACCGAAUAUAGCCAUAGGGGAUUUUUGCAUUCUUCUACUUGAGGGACGAGCGUGUAAGGAAGAAGAAAAAGUAUUAUCACUCAUGGAGGCAGCACUUUAUAUACACUAUACUGUGUGCAUGCGGAGCAUCAAAAACCCAAAUAGCCCAACACCGCCAUCGCAUUGACAAAAUUGAUAUGCGACAUUUAUCGGACGCAAACACUAAUCUGCCCAUUUGACACGAUUCAUUGCAGGUCUGCUCUGAUUUUGACUUUGACGUAAUAGCGGGGGCGUCACAGCCACGAGGGAUGUGGCUGUUGCCGCAUGGUAGAGUUGCAGGAGUGUUCGAGAACUUCACUCCGCCUAGCUGCCAAUGUCACGCAUCAAAAAAAUUAUUGUGACCGUGGUUAUUACAUAAAUCGGCCCGUGACAGUUUGCGUUUAUUGGCUUUGUACACAAGCCAAUAAAAAAGGCAGUUUCCCAUGACACGUUCCUUUUUUAGGACUGCUGAGCUAUAAAUGUGCAUUUUUUUUUUUUUUUUGAACACUGGAAGUAUAUCUUUUCAAGUUGAGAGAACAACUUUCUAAAAUGUCGGAAUGACACACACUGAGCUGCUUUUUUUUUUUUUUGCGCCUGGUUUCCCAAACUUUCGGUUCCCUCCGAUGUUAACCAUCUGGCGCCGAUUGCCACAGCAUAGACACGAACACACAUGAAUGUACUACGAUAACCCUAAACUAGUGAGCCCUUGACAAGAAAUGGGGUGAUCAAUGCUCAGUAAACCAAGUCUGGGAAACCCCUCUCUACAGAGCUCGUGCACGCGACGUCACCAUUUUCACGGCGCCAUAUUGCCGGUCAAACAGAGCUGCUCGAACCGGAGCAGAAUAUUCACAAUGCCCCGAGACCCGUUGUGCUGUUGGUUGUCACAACAGACGAGACAGAUAUUCAAAGAGAUCAUUCAAUGGAAUACCAGCUAAAAAGACCAGAAAAUAUCGAUGGAUUUCGGCAAUUAAACAUGAUGCAUGGUGCCCAACCAAUAUACACACACGCCUGUGUAGCGAUCGCGUCAUUUCAGGUAGGAAUUCUUCUUCUCAAUCUCAAGUUACCAAAAAGUAUUUAUAAUGCAAAUUUGGCUCAUUUGAGAACAAUGCAUCCCCCCCAAAAAAAACAAAAAAACGACAGGGAGUCGUCAACAACGUGCAGGAAGCGUGUUGCAGCCACACAUUAAUCUUCAGUAAAGUUCUCCCCGACAGACUUUUUUUUUUUUUUCUAAGAUGCAUUGUUCUCAAAUGAAUCCAAUGCGUAUUUAAAAAAAGAAAAUAAACCGUCGGUCACUCAAGAGGUUUAUGUAGGUUAACGUGCGGGUGCAACACGCUUCCGCUUAUGGGGGCUGAAGCCUAUCCCAGCGGUUUAUUUUGUUUUUUUUAAAUACGCAUUGGACUCAUUGGAGAACAAUGCAUAUUUUCAAGAAAAAAAAUGUCCGUCACGGACAGGUUCACCGAAUUUUAAUGUGUGGCCGCAACACACUUCCGCUCCAUCACUACGUGGGAUUUGUUCCUGAUUGAGAACAGAUCCAGCAACGAAGUAUUUGUAUGCGUCCAGACUUUUAUAUGCUUUUGAACUUUUCCGUGUAAAUCUCGACGACUUACUCAUGUGUAGAUCCAGUUGUCCAAGACAAGCGGAAUCCAAUUUCUUAUUGGUGAAAACAUCGACUUUGGCAUUAAAUACGGGUCCUCUAUGGCGAGUUUAUCUAAUUUUUCCACGUACCUUCGUUUAUUGUCACCUUCUAAAUGUCCAAUUGUAUCGGACAAGACUCUGGGCGUCGUGCUAUCAGACAUAUUUUGUGUUGUCUCCAACCGACUUAGCGUUGAACAAUACUUUGUUAGACCGGCAAUAUGGCGACGUAAACAAGUUACGUGAUUUUAUGACAUAGGUGCACGAGCUCUAUACUGUACUUUAUUCACUUCUACAGUGGUGCCUUGAGAUAUGAGCGACCCGAGAUACGCGUUUGUCCUUUUUUUUUUUUUUUUUUUAAACUUUCAAGUGGAUACUCAAAACGUCAGCGCUGCAUGGUGACAGUCAUCUCAUUUCAACUCGAUUCUAAACAAGGAGCAAUUCGGAAAAUAGUGAAAGUCUUCAAGAUGUUAAUUAGCACUCCUGGCUGGUUUACGGUUAAACUAAACAUUAAGAAUUACACAUCGUGGAUUUUAAAGAAAAGCACAUAGCUUUCCCUUAAAAAAGUUAGCUUAAUGGUAACAAACAAUGCAAAACGCCAUGCUAUGCUAUGCUAUGCUAACAGUUACCAACCAUUGUCACGCUUUCAGAAGCAAUGAAUAAAUACAAACGGUGGAGCAACACGUGUAGAUAGAUAAUAUAUCAGUACUACAGGCAUAUAUUCUUAUUUUGUCUACAAAAGAUGACUAAUAUUGGAGCAUCCUACCGAGUCACCUAGUAGAAGUACUUCUCCUUUUCAUUUGUGUCUACAUGACUAUACCGCUUUCCAGUGGCUGAGGUGGGCACAAUGAAGUGGACUGAACAAACAGUUUGGUUCUUAUAUUCUGCUUAACUAUGUUAUUGUAUUCCUUUUUCAUGAAGUACGAUUUUAAAAAGUGCGGGUUUUCCUCAUAAAAAAAUUGGGGGGGGGGGGGCUAAAACUGAACAAUGGCAUUUCCAUUCAUUUCAGUGGGGAUAGAUUAUUUGAGAUAUGGGUGUUUUGAGUUGUGAGCGUGGUCAUGGAACAAAUUUAACUUGUAUCUGAAGGCACCACUAUGUUUUAUUUAUGUCACAUUUUCCGAUAAUCCUCAGUCGGGGACCAGUGUAUAUUUUUUAAACUUUUAUUUUGGGCCUGUUGAAACAUGAAAGUCCACUUCGAGAGGAUUCAAAAGCCAUAUACAGAAUUAAUAGAAUGUAUAAUACAAAUAUUGCGUGGAGAGCUGCACUGUCCGGGAGGGUUGGGGGUAGUACAACAUCGUGAGGCUGUCAUAAAUUUUAUCAGGAGAAUGUUAAGAUGAAUUGUUGUAUUUUGUGACAAAGCCAAUUUUGGACUGAUAUGAACGCCUACGGGGAAAAAAACCAAGAAUGGCACUCUCAACCAAAACAGACCAACUUUACCACUUCUGAUUUUAUGUGUAAAACUAUUUUGCUUAAUAAAAUGAUCAUAAAACACA